UAAAGCGAGCGCUCCUUUCCCCAUCUGGGAUCGGAGCGCUCCGAGACGCCGCUCCGAGAUUUGGCCAGCGAUCAGUUUGCCAGGAAGGGGCAAGAGAAGCAACGGCCGAGCGGACUCGCUCCCACUUCCAGCUUCCCACCGCCGACCGACCGACCGCUUCCCCGGCUCGCCGCUUCCAGGUGCUGCUCAGUCUCCGGACAGACCGAGCCGCCGGCGCGCCGCCCAGCCCUGCCCGCGGCCGCUUUGACAUGCUGCCCAAAGUGGAGACGGAAGCCCUGGGACUGAUCCGAUCGAAUGGGGAACGGGGGCACAUGCCGGAAAACAUGCAAGUGUCUCAGUUUAAAAUGGUGAAUUACUCUUAUGAUGAAGAUCUUGAAGAACUCUGUCCGGUCUGUGGAGAUAAAGUGUCUGGGUAUCACUAUGGACUCCUUACCUGUGAAAGUUGCAAGGGCUUCUUUAAGCGAACAGUCCAGAACAACAAAAGGUACACAUGUAUAGAAAAUCAAAGCUGCCAAAUUGACAAAACUCAGAGAAAACGCUGUCCUUAUUGUCGGUUUCAAAAAUGUCUAAGUGUUGGGAUGAAGUUGGAAGCCGUGAGAGCUGACCGAAUGCGUGGAGGUCGGAACAAAUUUGGACCCAUGUACAAGAGGGACAGGGCACUGAAGCAGCAGAAAAAAGCUCUCAUCCGAGCAAAUGGACUCAAAUUAGAAGCCAUGACUCAGGUGAUUCAAGCAAUGCCCACUGAUCUCACAAUAUCUUCUGCAAUCCAGAACAUCCAUUCUGCCUCCAAGGGCCUACCUCUGAACCAUACAGCCUUGCCUCCCACAGACUAUGACCGAAGUCCUUUUGUAACCUCUCCAAUUAGCAUGACAAUGCCGCCACAUGGUAGCCUACAAGGUUAUCAGAGCUACAGUCACUUUCCAAGCCGUGCUAUCAAGUCUGAGUACCCUGAUCCUUAUACUAGCUCUCCAGAGUCAAUAAUGGGCUACUCUUACAUGGAUGGUUACCAUCAGACCAACUCACCAGCAAGUAUUCCUCAUCUGAUUUUGGAACUCUUGAAGUGUGAGCCAGAUGAGCCGCAAGUCCAAGCUAAGAUUAUGGCCUACUUGCAACAAGAGCAGGCCAACAGAAGCAAGCAUGAAAAGCUCAACACUUUUGGGCUUAUGUGCAAAAUGGCUGACCAAACCCUCUUCUCAAUUGUGGAAUGGGCUAGGAGUAGCAUAUUCUUCAGAGAACUUAAGGUUGAUGACCAAAUGAAGCUCCUUCAGAACUGCUGGAGUGAACUCUUAAUUCUAGAUCAUAUUUAUCGGCAAGUGGUACAUGGGAAGGAAGGCUCCAUCCUUCUAGUCACUGGGCAACAAGUGGAUUAUUCCGUAAUCGCAUCGCAAGCAGGUGCCACCCUGAACAGUCUCAUGAGCCAUGCACAGGAGCUGGUAGCUAAACUACGAUCUCUACAGUUUGAUCUACGAGAAUUUGUAUGUCUCAAAUUUUUGGUGCUAUUCAGUUUAGAUGUCAAAAACCUAGAGAACUUCCAGCUGGUAGAAGGUGUUCAAGAGCAAGUGAAUGCUGCUUUGCUGGACUAUACCAUGUGCAACUAUCCACAGCAGACAGACAAAUUUGGGCAACUUCUCCUGCGACUCCCAGAAAUCCGGGCGAUCAGCAUGCAGGCUGAAGAGUACCUUUACUAUAAACACUUAAACGGGGAUGUGCCAUGUAAUAACCUUCUCAUUGAAAUGCUGCAUGCAAAGAGAGCAUAAAUGAUAGCCUUUGAUACAGUUUCUGCUUUUCCAAAAAGAAAAGAAAAAUACUCUAAAAGUUGUUGUCCGAGUGACAUCAAUUGAAAUAACUUGGUUUAAAAGCAACUUUGCAAAAAAAAAUAUUAAUGUUAUAAUAAUCAAAUUCUAAUAGUAAAUAAGUGAUGUAUCAGGGUAUUUGCAUUGCCAACUGUGAAUGAAAUGCUACACAGACUCCCCGAAGGAACUUGUAUAGGACUUGAAUAAAAGGAGAUUUGCAAGCGGAAAGGCUACCAACAUCAAUAUCAAUAAAGGCAAAAAAAAAAUGGAAAGGAAAGAACAAUGCUUAUAC